AUGGCUUUACAUGAUAGUGGUAACUGCUACUGUGGGGAAACUAGCACUUCGGAUUUACUGCAGAAGCUCAGGAAACAGUAUUGCCCGUGCCUGUGCGAAGGAUUGGUUGCAGCUGUUCUUGGGGAUAAAUAUUACUGGUGGAUUGACCCUGCUGGAGCCAUUCUUCUUGCAAUUUACACAAUUACAAAUGCAGUUUCUCUUGUUGGGAAAUCAGCUUCUACCGAAAUCUUGCAGAAAUUGACAUAUCUUGUCACAAGGCACCCUCAAGUCGAGCGUGUAGGCGCAUUCCGUGCUUGUUCAUUUGGAGUUUUUUAUUUCGUAGAGGUUGACAUUGAACUUCCAGAAGAGCUACCUCUAAAGGAAGCACACACUAUUGGAGAGACACUGCAGAGCAAGAUUAAGAAGCUCCCAGAAGUUGAGCGGGCAUUCGUUCAUCUUGAUGACGGAUGUGAACACAAACUGGAGCGCUCUGUUCUCAACAGGUUACCUAAUAGAUAG